GUCUCGUCCAUUAACCUGUAUAUAAUCCACUCACUUACUGCACUCCACACAUCUUUCGACCACUCUGCCACAUGUCUGUCGCUUCGAUUGAACAGCUCUUCUCUCUCUCGGGAAGUAUGCUGUCACGACUGUCCGCACGUGGAAUUGCUACUACUACCGCUGCUUGCAGGGCAUCAACGGUGUUCUCUGAUAAGAAUGAAAUCGCAUUUCCAAUCCAUGGAAAGGAGCCGAAACACGUUGAAAUCAAAGACGCCUUUGGAAAGAUUAAAUCAGGAGACAACAUUUUCAUUCACGGAAUUGCCGCAACACCCACUCCUCUGUUGAAAGGACUUUGUGAACAUGCAAAAGCAAAUAAUCUCAAAGGAAUCAAGCUUCAUCAUCUUCAUUUGGAAGGCGAGACUCCAUGGACUGCACCGGACAUGAAAGAUCGCAUUCGAUCGAACUCGCUUUUCACUGGCACAAAUCUUCGCAAAGCUGUUAAUGAAGGUAUUGCCGACUUCAACUCGUGUUUCCUACAAGAGGUUCCUAUGCUUUUCCGACGUGGAGCAAUCAAGUUGAAUGCUGCAAUAAUCCAUGUUUCACCUCCUGACCAGAAUGGCUACUGCUCCUUGGGUACAUCUGUGGACUGCGCUAGAGCAGCCGUUACGAAUGCGGAACACAUCAUCGCCAUGGUGAACAAGCAUAUGCCAAGAACCUUCGGUGAUAGUGUCAUUCACCAAUCGCACAUCGACUACAUGGUUGAACAACACGACUGGAAACUUCACGAGAGGCAUAUGGGUAAAGAUAGCGAGGAAGAGAAGAAGAUUGGACGAAUCAUUGCUGAGAACUUGGUCGACAAUGGAGCCACAUUGCAAAUGGGUAUCGGUGCGGUGCCAGAUGCAGCUCUAGCUGCUUUGAAAAACCACAAGGACUUGGGCAUUCAUACUGAAAUGUUCUCUGAUGGAGUUCUGGACCUGGUUGCCUGCAAUGCAAUUACGAAUGCAAAGAAGGCCAUCCACCCUGGAAAGCUUGUUGUCGGUUUCGUUUAUGGAUCAACUAAGUUAUACGACUUCUUGAACGACAACCCACUUGUUGAGUUCGGUGAUAUCCAAUGGGUAAACGAUCCCGCUAUCAUCCGGCAAAACCCUAAAGUCACUGCAAUUAACUCUGCCGUUGAAAUCGAUCUUACUGGACAAGUUGUUGCGGAUUCCGUCGGCAAGCGUUUCUUGUCCGGUUUCGGUGGACAGGUAGACUUCAUCCGAGGAGCCGCUCUUUCCGAUGAUGGACUCGGCAAGCCAAUUAUUGCACUUCCAGCCAUGUCAAAGAAAGGAAUUAGCAAGAUUGUGCCAUAUAUCAACGAGGGUGCUGGUGUUGUGACUACACGAUCUCAUGUGCAUUACGUUGUGACUGAAUACGGUAUUGCUCAACUAUGGGGAAAGAACAUGCGACAAAGAGCUUACGAGUUGAUCAAGAUUGCUCAUCCUUCCAAGCAACAAGAACUUGAGAAGGCCGCUUUCGAGAGAUUAAAGGUUAUGCCGUCCGCCGACUAAUAAGAGACCUAUCAAAUGUCACUACGUGGUUGAUUCGAUGACUUUCUAAUUUAUCAAUGCGAUAUCACUAGCGAAUACUCUCCUUUUCUGCCUUUGUAUAAUAGUCCAUGACCGUUGUCAGACCAAUUAGUCGUCGUUAUCUUAGUCAAUAAUGUGUCGAAUAUUGUUGGGUCAAAUCUUCUUGCGAAUGCAUUUGUUGGUGACAGUAGUGUUUCUUUCACCGGUACUCUUUGUUUUCGAAGUGUUGUUUAGGACAUGCCUAGGCGUAAGAUUGUUGUCCAUUGUUCAGAGUUAAUUAAGAGAUAAAUAGCUUUAUCGGGAUAGUGUCGUUGCACUUUAGUAAAGAAGUGAAAAUAAAUUCUAAUAUUA